AUGGAAGUUCAUGCAGAAGAUGCCCGUUUGGGAGGGGAGGGUCAAAGCCCAGAGAAUCUUGUACAUGAGAAUAAUGGUCAUUCGCCGUAUUUAGACCCCAUUGGUAUGAACAAGCAAUGUGUCAGUUCAUCAUGUACAACUAUGUGCGACAGUGGCGAUGAGAAUCAGAAUCCCAAUCCACAUGGUGGUCAACUGGACUGUGGCAUGUUGCAGCAAAAUUACCCAAUGAACUAUGGCUAUCAUCCUCAAUAUGACAACUUCGAUCUUGCGACGUUCAUCAAUAAUUCUUUUAAUAAGAAAGACGGCGGAGUCAUAUCUGGCGUUAAAUUCCAACCUUCUGACAACCGCUGGAUUGCGAGGUGGACGACAGCCGACGGCAAGAGGGCAUGCAAAAGCUUCUCUGUAAACAUUUACGGUUUCGAACAGGCGCGUGCGUUGGCCAUUGAGGCGAGGCAGAAAGGAGUUAGCCUUUCGGGUCGUUCCUUUUGCAAUCGGGAACGCCAGCAUGCCAUGCGAUCGGGAGUUGGAAUAAUUGGCAUACGUUUCGACAAGACUCAGGCGCGUUGGGUGUCAUCUUACUAUGAAGGUGGUAAACGCAAAUUCCGCUAUUUUACGGUGAAAGAUUACGGAUACGAGCAGGCCAAACAGCAUGCAAUCCUCUGGAAGACAUGUAAUGACGAGCGACUUAUACGCAAUCGCGUGCAACAUAACGAGGUGAUGGAUUUCAAGAUGACCGAAGGCCCUAUGGAACAGGUGAUGCCGCCGCAUCAGUGGAACGCUCAACCUUUUCAGCAGCCUUACGUAGGCUACUACCAACAACCACAACUGGAUUAUUGCAACCAACAAAACGAAUGCGUUGUACAAUACGACCAACCCCAAAUGCAACAGUCGCUCAUCCAUUACAAACCUUCCGCAAUAUCAGGGCAACAGUCGGUCGAGACUCGGAGCCCAAGCCUAAGUACCAGUGCAAGUGUGAGUGGCUACGUCGAUCCCAAUGAGCAGAUGUGCUACAACUACCAAAGCGAUUUACCCUACCAAUACAACCAUCCGCAAUACGCGUACGACCAACAACAACAAAUGCAGUACAUGGGUGAAGAAAUGGAUCAGUACCCAUUGGAGCAUGAACACGAGGAAGACACUUGUUCCGUCUCCGGAGUCACCUUCGACCGCAAAAAUAGGCGUUGGGGUGCCAGAUGGACGACUCCAGAUGGCCGUAGAGCCGGGCGAUAUUUCCCAGUGAGGCAGUACGGAUUUAGCGAAGCCAAACGCCUGGCCGUAAUCUGCCGGCUGCAAGCCAUAGAAGAAAACCGCGUGGUGGACAUCAUGCCACCUCUAGAUCUGAAUAUGCAGCAGAGCUGCGGCGAGCCCGUUAACGACUCAUACUAA